GAACAGAAAAGCUUUGUGCAACUUGUGUUGUGUUGUGUCUGAACUCUGAAGUGUGACGUUUUCUUUAUUUUCCAUCCCAAAUUCCAAGUUCCAAUCUUUUCUCAAUUUUUCUAUUCUUAAAUCCUAUCCUCACCACCCCACAACACCGUUUCUCUCUUAAUAUUAUUUGAGUGGCUGCAAAAACCCCACUUUUUUUGCUUCCUCAAUUUUUAUUGUUACCCCUUUUUUCUUUUUAACCUUUUUUUUCAAUCAAUAAUCACUUUGAGGUUUAGGGUUUUGAUCCUUACGCCUCUCUCUCUCUCUCUCUCUCUCUCUCUCUCUCUCUCUCUUCAUAUUGUUCAUUAUUUUCCAAUUAAUUCGCUAUGUCAAAGAGGGUUCUUUGUAAGUUCUUUGCUCAUGGAGCGUGUCUGAAAGGGGAGCAUUGUGAAUUUUCUCAUGACUGGAAAGCUCCUCCAAAUAAUAUAUGCACAUUUUAUCAGAAAGGAGUUUGUGCUUAUGGUAGUCGCUGUAGGUAUGAUCAUGUCAAAGCUUCUCGAUCACCGUCCUCUACUCCAUCUUCUUCAAUAAUCGAACACCAGCCCCUUGUUUCAGAAUCUCUUGUACUUGGUAAUACAAGAAUUACAUCGAACGAUGUUGCUACAGCUGCAGAAUUUUCUCUUUUCAACAGUCCUUAUGUUGUUCCGAGUGAACCAGCCUGGAAUCAAGAAUCUGCAAAUCAUGACUUCUUAAGGGAAGAUGAUGUUGGUCAAUUGUUAAUUACUUCACCUUCUGAUAUUCCGAUUUGUUCAUUUGCUGCUGCUGGAAACUGUCCACGAGGAGAACAAUGUCCUCAUGUACAUGGAGAUAUAUGCCCUUCGUGUGGAAGGCAAUGCUUGCAUCCUUUCCGUCCUGAAGAAAGAGAAGAGCAUAUGAAAAGUUGUGAAAAUAAGCAAAAGCAUCUCGAGGCAUUGAAAAAAAGUCAAGAAGUUGAAUGCUGUGUUUGCCUGGAACGUGUUCUUUCAAAGCCUACAGCCGCUGAGCGUAAGUUUGGUGUGCUAUCUGAAUGUGAUCAUCCCUUCUGCAUAUCCUGUAUUAGAAAUUGGCGUAGUAGCAACCCAACAUUAGGGAUGGAUGUGAACAGCACAUUGCGGGCUUGUCCCAUCUGUCGCAAGCUAUCUUACUUUGUCGUUCCAAGUGUUAUUUGGUAUGCUACAAGUGAAGAAAAACAGGAAAUCGUUAAUACCUACAAGGCGAAGCUCAAGUCAAUCGACUGCAAGCAUUUUGACUUUGGGGAUGGAAACUGCCCUUUUGGAACUAGCUGCUUCUACAAGCAUGCAUAUCGAGAUGGCCGUCUUGAGGAAGUAACUUUGCGACAUCUUGGGGCUGCUGAUGGUGACACCAUAAUUUCCAAAGACAUCAGGUUUCUCUUUAUCUUUACAUGGUUCUUAUGCUUGGCAUUGUGCACUUUGACUUUUCCAAUUUCACUAACUUAAUACUUGAUGCUAUCAGGUUGUCGGAUUUCCUUGCUACCUUGCGUUUAAGUUGAAGGUUGCUGUUCACAUUUUCUGAUGAUACUUGCAUAAAAAAUGGAAUGCUUCAAUGUGAAAAGCUAUAUUUAUAUAUUGCAAGUGAAGCUCCUCUUCUUGUUUCUAUGUUUCAAAGGUACCAAAGAAAAAGCUGCACUGUGCAUUCCAUCGUUGUAAUAAAAGUGCAAAUUAUAAAAUGGUAGAUGGACAUAUAUGCUUUUGUACAAUGGAAUAAUUUUGCAAUAAGCUCUAAUUUUUAAAGCAUACAAAAUCAAUGGAUUGAUUGAUGAUAAACUACAGUGUGCACCAUUUUAGCCAUAUAAAGGGACUUUUUAUGUGAUGGAUUCCAUAGUUAUUAUGUGUAAAGGUUUUUUGGUGCAUUAAGGUUUUCUUGUUACCUAAGAUAUAGUUGUUUAUUGUAAACUUGAUUUUCUUUGCUUGGUGACAUUGCACCAAGAACCUUUGGAACAAUGUAUGGAUUUUGUUUAUUAUUUACAGGAAUUUGAGAGGAUA